CUGUAAUUCAGUAACACCAAAGCACCCUGUCAUUUUUAAUAGAACCUGCCUGACUUUCACUUUUGGUGCUGGAGAACUCAGAAGGUGGCUCAGCCCUCUGGUCCACACUUGGUGGGCAGCUCGGAUGCCCCAGGCAGCCCGAGUAGAGUGAGUUUAGUCCCGUUACCCCCUCCGCAGAGUGCUGGGGCAUCCGCAAUCACUCCUGGAAACAAGAGAAGGAGGAAUUUCCCGGAGGCAUCAUAGGGUUUCCUGGGACCGACCCAACUGGUUAUUGGACAGUGCUCCACCCUCAACCCAGCUGAGGGGUAGGAGGGCAGAAGGUCUUGGUGGCCCCGGAUCUUGUGGCUGUAAUCAGUUUCAAACAGCAGUUAGGUCAGCUGUCCGCUCAGCCGAGGCAGCUCCGUUCAUGGCAUUCUCAAAGCUCUUGGAGCAAGCCGGAGGCAUGGGCCUCUUCCAGACCCUGCAGGUCCUCACCUUCAUCCUCCCCUGCCUCGUGAUACCUUCCCAGAUGCUCCUGGAGAACUUCUCAGCUGCUGUCCCAGGCCACCGAUGCUGGACACACCUGCUGGACAACGGCUCUGCGGUUCCCGCAAACAUGACCCUCAAGGCCCUUCUGACCAUCUCCAUCCCGCCAGGCCCCAACUGGGAGCCCCACCAAUGCCGCCGCUUCCGCCAGCCACAGUGGCAGCUCUUGGACCCCAAUGCCACGGCCACCAGCUGGAAUGAGGCCGACACGGAGCCGUGUGUGGACGGCUGGGUCUAUGACCGCAGCGUCUUCACCUCCACCAUCGUGGCCAAGUGGGACCUGGUGUGCAGCUCCCAGGGCUUGAAGCCCCUGAGCCAGUCCAUCUUCAUGUCCGGGAUCCUGGUGGGCUCCUUUAUCUGGGGCCUCGUCUCCUAUCGGUUUGGGCGGAAGCCGAUGCUGAGCUGGUGCUGCCUGCAGUUGGCCGUGGCGGGCACCAGCACCAUCUUUGCCCCAACAUUUGUCAUCUACUGUGGCCUGCGGUUCGUGGCCGCUUUUGGGAUGGCUGGCAUCUUUCUGAGUUCACUAACACUGAUGGUGGAAUGGACCAUGACCAGCAGGAGGGCGGCCACCAUGACGGUGGUGGGAUGUGCCUUCAGCGCAGGCCAGGCGGCACUUGGUGGCCUGGCCUUUGCCCUGCGGGACUGGAGGACCCUCCAGCUGGCAGCAUCAGUGCCCUUUUUUGCCAUCUCCCUGAUAUCCUGGUGGCUGCCAGAAUCCGCCCGGUGGCUGAUUAUUAAGGGCAAACCAGACCAAGCGCUUCAGGAGCUCAGAAAGGUGGCCAGGAUAAAUGGCCACAAGGAGGCCAAGAACUUGACCAUAGAGGUGCUGAUGUCCAGCAUGGAGGAGGAGGCAGCCUCUGCAAAGGAGCCGCGGUCGGUGCUGGACCUGUUCUGCAUGCCUGUGCUCCGCUGGAGGAGCUGCGCCAUGCUGGUGGUGAACUUCUCUCUAUUGAUCUCCUACUACGGGCUGGUCUUCGACCUGCAGAGCCUGGGCCGUGACAUCUUCCUCCUCCAGGUCCUCUUCGGGGCCGUGGACUUCCUGGGCCGGGCCACCACUGCCCUCUUGCUCAGUUUCCUUGGCCGCCGCACCAUCCAGGCAGGUUCCCAGGUCAUGGCCGGCCUUGCCAUUCUGGCCAACAUGCUGGUGCCGCAAGAUUUGCAGACCCUGCGUGUGGUCUUUGCUGUGCUGGGAAAGGGAUGUUUUGGGAUAAGCCUAACCUGCCUCUCCAUCUACAAGGCUGAACUCUUCCCAACGCCAUUGCGGAUGACAGCAGAUGGCAUUCUGCAUUCGGUGGGCCGACUGGGGGCUAUGAUGGGUCCCCUGAUCCUGAUGAGCCGCCAAGCCCUGCCCCUGCUGCCUCCUCUCCUCUAUGGCGUUAUCUCCAUUGCUUCCAGCCUGGUUGUGCUGUUCUUCCUCCCGGAGACCCGGGGACUUCCGCUCCCUGACACUAUCCAGGACCUGGAGAGCCAGAAAUCAACAGCAGCCCAGGGCAACCGGCAAGAGGCCGUCACUGUGGAAAGUACCUCGCUUUAGAAAUUGUGCCUGCAUGGAGCCCCUUUAGUCAAAGACUCCUGGGAAAGGAGUUGCCUCUUCUCCAAUCAGAGGGUGGAGGCGAGCUGGGCGAACUCGAGGGCCUGGCAUGGCAGAGGCCAGGCAGCCGCAGCCGAGUGGACAGCAUGGCCAUCUUCUGUGGCUGAAGGCAGCUUCCACAGCUCACUCCUCUUCUUCCUGCCCCACCUUACCCCAACCCUACAGGAGCCUGUGCAGGCAGCCAUGCCCAACCAAUAACAAGACGGUUCCCCUCUCUUUUCCUGCCAGGCUCAUGUCUUUACACCUUCACUCAGCCACGCCAACCAGAGACUGGGUUCCAAUCUCACCCCACCACAUACAGAGCCCUCAUCUGUGAAAUGAGAAUGAUCACGUGACCCACCCCCAGGGCAGGUAUCAGGGUGAACUGAUCUUAGCACCGGCCAAAUAAAUGGAACUUGCUGAGAGAUCUGCCAGAUA